GCCCCUUUUUCCUCCAUUCUUCAAUUACUCUUCAGAAACCCUUCUCCCCAUUCCUUCCUCCUCUGUUCUCCUUCUCCCUUCAGGAACCAGAGUCAUAGAUCUUCACUAGCUGCUGGAAGUUUCCAGCAUUGGAGUUUGAAUUUUCUCAUUCCAGAUUUUAAAAAUCAAUCUAAUUCAGAAAUUUGUAUCAGAAAAUUGAGCAUCUCUUUGACAAUGAUUGCAAACACUUCCAUUAUUGUUGAAACUGUGGGACUUGCAGGUUCAUUGUGCUCGGCAGUUCUAUGAGAAUCUAGUUCCAAGUUUUACAAUAUAUGAUGUUGAAUGCCCUGAUCAUUCAUUUCGCAAAUUCACUGAUGAUGGGCAGUACCUCAUAAGCUUUAGCAGAAAUCAUCAGGAUUUGAUUGUUUAUAGACCAACAUGGCUGUCAUAUUCAUGCAAAGAAGAAGACUGUAAUGGACAUGAACCUCCUGCAAAAGCAAAGAGGUUUGAGAGCUUCUUCCACCAGUUAUAUUGUGUAUCACUUGCUGCCUCCAAUGAGUUUAUAUGCAAAGACUUCUUUUUAUACAUGGAGAGUAACCAAUUUGGAAUAUUUGCCACGUCCACUGCGCAAAUUCAAGAUGCACCUCUUAUGGGAGGAGCUAUUCCUGGAGUCCCAUCUAUAGAAAAAAUAACUUUUCACCUCUUGAGGUUGGAUGAUGGAGUUAUACUGGAUGAGAUGGUGUUUCACAAUGAUUAUGUCAUUUUGGCCUAUAACAUGGGUGUCUUCCUGUAUGAUGAUUUGCUAGCAGUUGUGUCACUUCGUUAUCAAACAAUACACAUUCUCCAAAUUAGGGACUCUGGGAACUUUGUUAAUGUACGAGCUAUAGGUGCUUUUUGCCAAGAAGAUGAUGAACUUUUUCUGAAUUCCAGUUCUCAGUUUGCUGGCAAUCAUGUGGAUCCUGUAGAAAAUUACCAAUCUAACUCAGAUAGUUCAUUUCUGAGUGGUAUCAAGCAACGCUUGCUUUCAUUUAUAUUCCGAGUCACAUGGAGUGAAGAAUCAGACAAAAUGCAGAGGGUCCAGAACCUGAAAAAGAAAUUCUAUUUCCAUUUCCAGGACUAUGUUGACUUGAUGAUCUCUAAGGUACAAUUUUUGGACCGGCAUCACCUUCUAAUCAAGUUUGGUGGUGUUGUUGAUGGAGGGUUAUCUCGAACUGCUGAUCACCAUCCCUCAUUCUUUGCUGUAUAUAAUAUGGAGACUACUGAAAUUGUUGCAUUCUAUCAGAAUGCAGCAGAUGAUCUAUAUCAUCUAUUUGAGCAGUACUGUGACCACUUGCAUGCAACAUCAAGGAAUUCACUGCAUAUGAAUUUCGUAUCAUCUCAUUCAAAUAAUAUUCAUGCUCAAGAUCAGUUAAAGUGCAUGAAGAAUAAAGCCAGCAACACUUCCCAGUUUGUGAAGAAGAUGCUGUCAUCCCUGCCGUUCAGUUGUCAAUCACAGAGUCCUUCACCCUAUUUUGAUCAAUCCCUUUUCCGAUUUGAUGAAAAGCUUAUCUCAGCAGGUGACCGCCAUAGACAGUUGACAGACCAUCCCAUCAAGUUCAUUUCCAGAAGGCGGCACAUUCUCAAAUUCAAGAUCAAAUCUGGUCCUGAAUUUGGUAGCACAGAUGGUCGGAGCAAAAAGAUUUCCUCUUUUCUAUUCCAUCCAUUUUUGCCUCUAGCUCUUUCAAUCCAGCAGACAUUGUUCUUGCAACCACCGGUUGUCAAUAUUCAUUUUCGGAGAUGACUUCUCAUCGCUGCUGGUCUCUGAUUUUGAAAAGCCUUUAGCAAGAAUUGUAAUUAAAUUAGGAAAUAUUUACCAUUUUCAUUCACAGAUCAUCUAUCAUUGUAACUUGUAAACCAUCUAACCAUAAAACAUGCUAGCAUUAGAAAGUGUUUUUUUUUU